GCUGAAAGCUUCUGGUAUCGAUCCGUCCGCGCCUGAGCUUUCUCGUUCGCCUCACAAGCUUCGCGAACGUCGCCUGGGUAGAAUCGUCUUGCGUGGAACUGCGCCGAGAGCAGGCGUAUUUUUUCCCCCGAUUCUCGCUAUCCAGUCGUGAUUUUCCAGCGGCAGCUAUCGCGGAACACUGAACUAGGGACGAUGGCGCGUCGCGUGGACUAUGCCAAGGCGAUCAUCAUAUUGUGGUGCGUCUCGAGCACGGCGUUCAGCGUCCCCAGCCCUUCGUCAGCGCCGCUGAGAUUGAACGACGAACUCUACACGACACGCAGGGCGGUCCAAGUCCUCGUCGAUCUGCCCGUUUCCAAUUCCAAGCUACCCCUGAAUAUUUCCAAGCCGGUGGUGAACUCUGAGCUGUGGACCACGACGACGAUACCCGCGGAGACGACAACGACGACGACGACGACGACAACCCACAGGACGUUCUCCGCGGAGCAGCCAUUGUAUCGUUUGGACGGCAGCAAUGGACAAGCCUGCAUCCUUCUGCAAGUGGACGCUCUGAUCACCGUGAAAUACCGGACGAAACUCGGGGAAGAUCGAGAAUCGAGCAUUUACGUCCCCGACAACGCCAUAGUGACCGGUAACUGCAACAGCGAGACCACGGUGACGAUGUCCCUGAAGUGGGACGCGUUCGUCCUAUCGUGGAGCUUCGCCAAGACGCCAGGUGGGGAGCGAUGGUACGUGGAGAAAAUUGAGCUGACCUACAAUUCCAGUGAUCGACACUUCGAGCACAUCGACGAGCCAAACAGGACAAUCAGGCUGAGCACGGGGCAAAAGCACGCCGCCAUGCUGUUCCCCACGCCCGUUGGAAAGUCGUACUCCUGCAUAGACGAGAAGAUCAUCCCCCUGACCGAUGGCAAGAAUCAUGCCAGCGUGCUGCUCAGAGACAUGAAGCUGCAGCCGUUCAAGUUCAAGAACAAUGAAUUCGCAACGGAGUUUUCCUGCACAUCGCUAGGCGCCCGCGGAUUUCGAGACGAGACCGCCCCAGUGGCGGUCGGCUCGACCCUGGCUGCUGCAGUCUUGCUGACCAUCACCGGCUACGCGGCCUAUCGCUACUUCAAGGUGAAGAAGGUCAAGUACGACACCAUGGAAUAAAUCCCCGGAUGCCGAAGAAACACGCGAGACCUACUUCAGAGGACAACCGACACUCCCAAACGAGACAAACCGUACCUUCUUCGUCGUCGAAUCCUCUUCCUCGAGCCACGACCGUUUCCAACCUGGUCGAUGGAUCUACUCCAUAAUCAGAUCUAACCAAGGAUUUCGAAACCCAAACGGGUCUCAUCCAAAGGUUCGUCGACGUUGGUAGCCGAACAGAGGAGUUCGCGAGGAGACUGCGUUCAUUUGUAGGAUAGCAAUCGCCAUUUUGUUAGAUUCAACAUCGAUUCAGGUUUCCGUUUCCGUGGAAAUCUCGAUGAGGACGUUGGGAAACCAGAGGGUGGUUGCUAGCCUUUUAAUUCGAGGAAGUCGACUCACUCUUCUCUAAACAAAGUCUUUUUCAUAAUCAAGCAAGAUGUAAUGUUGAUUUAAUCUUUGGUUUGCAAGGUAAAACGAGACUCUCUCCUUCGCGUUGCAACCAAGGACGAAGCCGUAAGGGUUUCACUUUUUCUCGAAUCCUGUUAGGUUCGAAUCUGUUCUCCUAAUCAUCGUCAUAAAAUCCUGUCCAAUAUCCUUUGAUUUCCAAUGCGAAAUUCCUCUCCAUCGCGAAGCAACCAAAAGUUUCAAGGAUUCCAUUUUUUGUUUCAACCCUGUCAGGUCCUAAUCCUAAUCACCUUUCCAAUAAUCCUCAUCGAUAGCCGUGACACGUAUAUUCGCGCAAUAUUUCUUCCAUCGAGCGCAAACCGGCGCGGUUUGCUUAAAGUUUUCGUAAGGCAUCGUGUAUCCCUCGCGCACCGACGCGGGGCGUCGUGUUACGCGACGCAUCGCAACGUUUCGUUUCGCGAGCUUCCUUCCACUCACUGGGUUAUGAUUCGCGUUGUACGCCUCCGUGACCCCGAAAUAAACGCCCUGUCAGGCAGCUGGAGAACUCUUAGAAGUCUCGUUUCGUCGAACUCCGUUCGCGACGGGACAUUUUCGCGUCGAUCGCGGCCCUAAUCUAUUGCUUCGAUAGUUUAUCUCGCCCUUUGUCCUGUAAAUACUGUAUUCAGCGAUCGUUGCGUCGGGCAGCUUCGACCUUACAAGGUUCCUUUCAGGAUUCCUCGAAGGAUUCGUCUACGUCCGAGUCGUCGAGUCUUGUAUCGAGACGUAAGCAAAGUCUUACAAUUCGACGGUCGCUCGUGGCAGUUCCUACGCGUGCGCAACGAUCGCUGGAGUAGCUCGUUUCGUUUCUAUCUAAUAAUUCUCGAUGUAACAUAUCGUGUAAAUAUGUUUGGGCGAUCGACGAAGCUGGCGAGUGAAUUACUCGAUGCAUUUUUUUUUCACGCCGAGACCACCCUCGCCACCGGGGGAGGACGGAGAAGGUGUCGCUCUUAUUUCGCAGUUUUCUAGCGUCGCGAGCUUCGACGAUCGCGCGAUGAUUUUUGAAGAUUCUUUAAUAUGUCGCGUGCAUUCAUUAUUAGUCGAUGGAUAGUUCCAUUUCAACGAUCCGUCAGCGUAUGGAGUCGUUCUUGGAGGAACAUCGUCGCUAACGAUCUCGGACCCUCCGUUGCUGGAGUUCUACUCGAUUUUUCGGAAGAGAGAUUAAUCGGUGUUUGUUGAUUUUUGAGCAGAGUCCUCUUCGAGGUGGAAUGUCCUGUAAAAUUUGCAGUAGUGCAAUGGGGGGUUCGGGUACCCUCAUAUCAAGAUUACGUAAGUUCGAAGUGAAAAGAGCGCCUCCAAGAGGAGGAAUAUCAAGAACAAUGAAGGAUAACGUCGAACGAUCCGCCAAUUCACGCUGGAUACGCAGGGUGUUCGGAGACAGGUGUCGGGGACUUUAACAGCUGAUUCUAUGUACCGAAACAAAACGAGCCAGUAAUUGUUGAACAGGCACGACAAGUUUGAGAAGCUCGUUUAACUUUUUAGUAAGACUCAAAACCUGACGAGACCUCAACACGAGAGCGCAGAACUUAAAUACCCUCUUUACGAGUCACAAAGUAAAAAAAUCCUCAAACGCAAUUUUCUUUUGCUACGGAAUACACUUAAAUUUCGUGGCAUUUGUCUUCGACCACCCUGUACAUAUGUAGUUAUAGUUAAGGAGCAACGGCGUACCUAAGUGUAACGCAUACGCUGCGCGUAUAAAUUUACAAUUAUCGAUAUGUGCGUAACAUAUGACCUCUGUCUUCCAAGUGCAUAUUAAAGUUGAAACUUCGUGUGUAAAUAUAUAAAUACAUACAUGCAUGAAUGCAUAUUCAUAUAUAUAUACAUACAUAUAUACGUAUUAUGGAUAUGUCGUGCAUCGUAUUUCUGUGACGAAGUCGACGUCGUCGUUAGGCGUCGUCGUUGGGCGUCGUCGAUUCGCGAGUCAGCGUCGGCAGAACGAUGGAAUGUGUUUCCCUUUUCGCGCGAUUCGAGGAAUUCGAGAGGCGUGCGCGCCGUGGAUCGGAUCUCUCUGUCGAUCGCGAGAUGGCUCAGCGUUCCAACCUUUUUUUCUUUUUUUUUUUCGAACCAUCAGACAAAGAAACGAAGUUACUUCACGAUACGGUAUUAUAUAUCACGGGGAUGGUCUAGAUGUAAUUUACGAAGAUGUGUAUUUUUGUGCUAAAGCCAAUCUUAUCAUAGACGUUAAUAACGGAUACGAGUUAGGCCGUUCUCCCACUCGAACGACGCGAUCUAAGGAUUUAAGGAUCACCAUUUGAACGUUCCGUAAUGCAAGAAGAGAUUUCCAAACGUUAGAAUUUGUUUCGAUACAAAUGGCGGUGUUCUCACUUUAGUCCCUUUUCCACCUAAACGAUGCAACUGAAUCGCAGCGAAUAAAAUUCCCUCCUGACUAUUGAACCUUUAUUAUACUACAUAAUUAUGAACGAUAAUUAUUACGAGAUCGAAAUUCCUUUGGUAGUCAAUUUCUACUUACGGUUUCCUCUCCAUCGCAGUCGAGUUCUAUAGGCGAGAGAAUGGCAUAGACAAACCCUAUUCCUCGAUCAUCGUCGCUUCUAUACUGAAACACGAAUAAACGCAAUUUAAUACACUUUGCCCGAAUCAAGUGAAAACGUGGCAUAACUUAUAUCAAUAAGAAGGAAAUCAAAACAUUGAAAUGACGAAUCGAUUCCUGUUUCCGAGUGAUCGUUUCUUUGACGACGUCGUUCGAACGGGGGAGUGGCUUUGGUCCGUAACUUUGCAGCACUCGUCGUGGAACACUGUCGACGUGGUGCAUUUUUACCAGAGAAAUGUAGGAGGAAAGGACACGCCGAGGAAGAGUGCUAAGUCUCGAGAAUUUCGGUGGGACUGAGUCGAAUUACGAAUCAUACCGCUUGACCUAUUUCUGCAAACGUUAAGUCUCAUAGUAAUUAUUGUAACAUCACGGUAGGAGAGGACGGAUUACGGAUUCUGCGCGAUACAGCGACACGGUGAGUAACGUGCGGCUAUUAAAAAUUGUAUCGUAUCGAUAAAAAUAAAGGCUGUUAUACAAGUU